AUCCUGAUCCGCUUCUAUGAUGUAAGAGGGUGGUAAAUAUUGAUGAAGUGAACGGAUGUCCAAUAGCUAUCCGAAUUCCUCGCCGGGGCUGCUCUUGGAUAAAAAAGUAAUUUUAAAGUCGCAUGCAGAGCGAUAUAACCGCACAAGUGUGUAAGAUUUAUGUUGUUUCCAUAUAAAGGAUCUAUUCUAAUAAGAAAUGGCUAUUAACACGGACGCGCCUCACGCGACAGACGCCGCGCUUCAGUCCACCGAUUUUGGAGAUACUCAGAAACUCCUGGACAUCUCGGACAAACAGCUGAAGAGAGAAUUAAACCACACAGAUUCUGACACACACUUCGCCGGUUCUCUGAAAGAAGAGCCCACUGAGCAGAGUGUGGUCAUUUCUGCUUCAGUCCCGCGGUCUUCGUCGCGAGCGAGCUUCAGAUGCGCGUCGCCGCCCACGCCCGAGGAACGCGAACCCUGCAGCUUCAUGUGGGUCGCCGUGAUGUCCUGCUUCUGCCCGGCCGUCCCGAUCAACCUGUUCGCGCUUUAUUUCGCGCAUAUGUCUCGCUCUAUGAUACAAGCAAAAGAUUAUGACGGAGCCAGAAGACUUGGACGUCUAGCUUUGUUGCUCAGUCUGAUUGCCAUUGUUGUGGGUCUGGCUAUAAUCAUUUAUCUACUCAUGACAGAGUUGAAGUAGUUGUGGAUGUCGUACUGAAUGCACUGAUGUAAAUGGGUAUCGGAAGUGAAACCAAAGAAGAUGGAUGAUGAAUGCCAUGUGAAAACUUUCAGAAAACUAGAAUGUCUGUUAUUUUGUGUUUUACACUUUUUGACAAGGACUCCUGUUCAUUGACUCAUUUUUUUUUCUAGCACUGAACUAAUUUUGCACUAAAUCUUACAUUACAAUCAGGUGUAAUUUUGAAGUACAUUUGAAUUCUUUCAAGGAAUUGCAUUAUAUCAUGAUGAUGUGUUGCAUGUUGCAAUAAGAAUGAGACUUUUGUUAAUGAUUUUCCAACUUGACCUUAUUCUUCACGUAAGAGGGAGCAGCCAUUGGGAUAUAUUCAUGGUUUCCAGUCUCAUUCACUUCCAUUGUUUUUAACGUCUAAAAUCUGUCUAAAAAUCAUUAUUCAGCUGUAAACUGUUCUUUUCUAACUAUAUCCUUUUUCUUUUUAGGUGUAGUCAUAGACACACUUGUUUGUAGAGCAAUUAGUUAUCGUUUUCUGCCAUGUAUUAUUCCUAGUCACUUCUCCCAAAGGCAACUGAAUCAGAUGUUCUAAACAAUCACAGAAAUGAGCACAUUUCCACAUUGCAGAAUAAGGUCAAUAGUGCUAAAACUUAUGCAUCACUUAUGUAAAUCUGGUACAUACAUAAAAGCACAGUUUAUAUUAUUAGUUCUUAUUCUUAAAUGGUAUUUUUAAAGUUUUAUAUCUUGCAUUUUGUGUUCUAAGUUAAAGGGGUAUUUCACUUGAAAAUGAAAAUUCUGUCAUCAUUUACUUUCGCUCAUACCGUUCCUUUCUUCUGAUAAACACAAAAGAAAAUAUCAUGAAAAAUGUGACCUUUUGGUCAUACAUAAUGUGAAAUUCAAAUGCAUAGAUUAAACUCAAUUGCAAGCACAUUAAUAUUAAAUUUAAGUAAAUAAACAUUUUCAUUACCCUUUUUGGGGGCAACUUUAUUUUGAUUGCAACUUUAUUUCUAAUAAAAGUUCCCAUAAGAGUUUAGCUUUCAAAACUGUAGGAUAAUCCUGUAAAAAAACCUUUAAUUGCAAGAUGUAAAUUGCAAUUACUAGUUAUAAAUGUGCAAUUGUGAGACCAUUAAUGUAUUAUUUCAUGUAGAACUUCCAUAUAUUGGGUUCAAUUUGUUGUCCUUUGUGUCAUGCAGAAGAAAAAAAAAUAGCCAUACAGAUUUUGAAUAGUAUAAUUUUCAAGUGAAAUGUCCCAAAACAAUUAUACAUAUUUAUUUAUACAUUUAUUUUCUGUCAUUUUGAUGUAUGUCCUUAUGGGUAUGUAGAGUAAUGACAAGUUUGCAAGAUGGAGGAUUGCAGUCAGAGCUUUGUAGCGAACUAAUGUGUACGAAUAUGUAAUAUAUAAAAAUUCCUGAGAGAUGGAACAAAGGCGAAUCAAGGGCUACAUUCAACGAAAAGCACAUGCAUGUUUGGAAAAAAAACUGCAACCACUGCAGUAUUAAAUAUAAAUUGUGCAAACUUGUCUUUUGCUAAAACUGUGCCAUAUUUUUGCAUGUUCUAAAUUAAACAUGGUCUAAUUUAAGUG